AUGUAUUUCCGCACCAUCACCGCGUCUGCCCUCCUCGCAGUCCUCUCCAUCACCGUCUCCGCCGGCACCACCCCAUCCCUCUUGUCCCUCUCCUCUGCGGCCGCCUCCAAAACCGCCUGCCAAGCCUGCGUCGACAAAGCCGUCAUCGACACAAAACCCUCCUGCAAGGACAUCGGGUACCUCGGCAACAUCAAUACCAUCGUCUUUGACAAACUAUCCAACAAGGAAAAGACGUGUCUUUGUUCCAUGGCUGCCCCGAACGGCGACUGGUACCAUACCUGCGAACGACCUGAUGCGUGUAGUGCGGGGAUGAUGGAGGAGUAUGAUGGGUUGAUGGCGGCGUUGAAGUCGAAGGUGUUUUGUCCUAAUGGCGGCGUUUUUACAGACACUGCUGGAUGCUUGGCUCCUGGAUCUAAGGCUGCUGCUUUCGGGUUGGGCGUCGCUGCUGUCAUAGGUGCCCUUGUUUGA